AAUUUCCUCUUCCCGGAACUGAUUGUACUGGAGUGAAGUGGUAUUAGUUUUUAUUUCACAGACUGUUUUUGCUCAUUAAGAGGAUUUAGAGUGUCUUUUAUGAGUAAUCAAAGGCAGCAGAAGCCUACGCUAUCAGGCCAGCGGUACAAAACCCGAAAAAGAGAUGAAAAGGAGAAGUUUGAUCCUUCCCAGUUUCAGGAAAGCAUCGUACAAGGUCUGAACCAAUCUGGCACUGAUUUGGAAGCUGUCACAAAGUUCCUUGAUGCCUCUGGUGCCAAGCUUGACUACCGACGCUAUGCCGAGACUCUGUUCGACAUCCUGGUGGCUGGCGGAAUGCUGGCCCCAGGAGGUACCUUGUCCGAUGACGUGACCUGCACUGACUUCUGUCUCUUCAAAGCACAAGAGGACAUGGAGACCAUGCAGGCAUAUGCCCAGGUCUUUAACAAACUCAUCAGGCGUUACAAAUACUUGGAGAAAGGGUUCGAGGAAGAGAUUAAAAAGCUGCUGCUGUUUCUCAAGGGCUUCACAGAGUCUGAGCGCAACAAGCUAGCCAUGCUUACAGGAAUUUUGCUGGCCAAUGGCAAUCUCUCUGCAGCCAUUCUUAGCAGCCUCUUCAAUGAGAACCUGGUCAAAGAAGGUGUUUCAGCGAGCUUCGCUGUAAAACUCUUCAAAUCCUGGCUUUCCGAAAAGGACAUCAACUCUGUCUCUGGCAGUCUCCGAAAGGUUGGCAUGGACAGCAGGCUCAUGGAGCUGUUCCCUGCCAACAAGCGCAGUUGUGAGCACUUCUCAAAGUACUUCACAGACGCCGGGCUCAAGGAGCUUUCGGACUUUGCCAAAAACCAGCAGUCCAUAGGUGCUCGCAAGGAGCUGCAGAAAGAGCUGGAGGAGCAGAUGUCACGUGGGGACCCCCUCAAAGAUAUCAUCGCCUACGUCCGAGAGGAAAUCAAGAAGAACAACAUCUCCGAGCAGACGAUGAUUGGGCUAAUUUGGGCCAGUGUAAUGAGCUCCGUGGAGUGGAACAAGAAGGAGGAGCUGGUCACAGAACAAGCCAUCAAACUUUUAAAGCAAUACAGCCCACUGUUGAAGGCUUUCACCUCCCAGGGCCUCUCUGAACUCACACUCCUGUUGAAGAUCCAGGAGUACUGUUACGACAACAUCCACUUCAUGAAGGCCUUCCAGAAAAUUGUUGUGCUGCUCUACAAAGCGGAUGUCUUGAGUGAGGAGGCAAUUCUGAAGUGGUACAACGAAGCCCACAUUGCCAAAGGAAAGAGCGUUUUCCUUGAGCAGAUGAAAAAGUUUGUUGAAUGGCUCAAGAAUGCAGAGGAAGAAUCUGAGUCAGAGGAAGAGGAGGCAGACUGAGGACCUCCAGCUAUAACUACCAUCUUGAUUUGUAUUUUUACAUUAACAUAGCGCCAGAUGCAGUAGAAGGACCUGCAAAAGUCUGUCUGUAUUUUGUUUUUGUUUUUUUCCUUCUCUUUUCCCUACCUCUUAAUAUCUAGCUCAACUGUAAUGUAAGGGCUUUAAUAUUGUUUUAAUUUUCAACAUGUUUUCUGUCUGAAUCAAUACUCUUCUUUAUACUCCAGGAGGCGGUUGCAGUGCCACAGUUAGCUAAAUGGAUUGAAACCCCUGUCAUGUAACUAAGGGGGACAUUUUUUGGACAGAGGGUGCCCUUUAAAAUAAGCCAGUUUGGAGGCACAUUUCACAGCUAUUGUAUUUAGUCAUGGGAGUCUUAUUUGCCAGAGGUCCAUCUGUGUAGCCAUGAUAUCUUGGUCCUCUGAAAGGCAAACGGUUUUUGUAACCUCAGUUUACACUUCUGCCAAUUAUGUCACUAUGAAUUUUUUGCCAUUUUUUUAGAUUCUGUCUCUGUUAUCGGCGAUGGAGAUGUGCCAUUUUAAACAGCAAUGGUUAUGGUUGAGAUGCCCCAUAAAAGCAAACUUUAAUUGUUUUAUACAUCCUAUGUAAAAGAACCAUGCAAGUGUUGUAUUUCUUUUCCUUUACCAUACAGUUUGACUUUUUAAAAUAAAGGGAAAUUAAUGGUUUUCAUUA